UUUGACAGUAUGCUAAACAAAAUUCAUCAAUUGCAAAAGUUAUAUUGUAAAUAAAAAUUCCUGCUUUAGCAAUACAUGUUGUAUUUUGUCUUAGUAAAAACACAAGUGGGAGUAUAAAAUUAGAUAGUUACAUGUGAGAUUUCAAACUUGGAUAUACAAAACCCACCUUGGAUACACGUUUAAUUUUUUUUGACGAUUCCAUCAUGGAAAUGAAAAAUGUUAUUGCGCGUGAAGGACGAGAGGCAAAAAAUCUUAUUCUUUACCAUUUAUCCAGCGACGAUGAAAGAACAAACGCGAAAAAGCCUCCAACACAUAUUCGACCCACGAUCUUAAAUCGAAAAUUGAUCUUGUCAGAAACUAAGUCCCCAGAUAAAUCGAAUAGGCGCGUUGUGCACCGAAGUGCAUCAACUGGACGUGAUAAGAGAUCGGAACUGCAGGCAAGAUAUUGGGCCCUUUUAUUGGGCAAUUUGCAACGCGCUGUCAACGAUAUUUAUGAAACAGUUGAAUGCUACGAAAAUUUGGCAUCGAUUCAAGAGAUUAUUUUGGUACUAGAAAAUUAUAUACGUGAUUUCAAGGCUUUAGCCGGUUGGGUUCGG